GGAAGCCUGGGGUUUAGUCCCGCCUCCACUCCCACCACUUGGAUCCGCGGCUUCCGAUCUGUAGUUAUGACUGGGCGCGGGACUCCGAGUCGUUUCUUAACCAGUGUCCUCCAUAACGGACUGGGUCGCUACGUGCAGCAGCUGCAGCGUCUCAGCUUCACCCUCAGCCGCGACGGGGCCUCGUCCCGCGGAGCCAGGGAGUUCGUGGAACAGGAGGUGACCGAUUUUGCCCGACAGAACCCUGGAGUCGUUAUAUAUGUGAACACGCGGCCCUGCUGCGUGCCCCGAAUAGUGGCAGAAUACCUUAACGGAGCUGUGCGCGAGGAGAGCAUCCACUGCAAGUCGGUGGAGGAGAUCGUGACGCUAGUGCAGAAGCUGGCCAGUCAGUCUGGCUUGGAGGUGAUCCGCAUCCGCAAGCCCUUCCACACGGAUAACCCUAGCAUCCAGGGCCAGUGGCACCCCUUCACCAACAAAUCGACCACGUUUGGCGGGCUGCGCCCCCGAGAGGUCCUGGAUCCGGCCUCAACACAGGUGCAAGGACAGUGAAGAGUUGCCCCACCACCUACAGUACCUUUACUUCAGUAGAGCUGAUUCUUCUCUUUGGGAUUCCAACCCCAGGCAGACAAAUGGAACCCACCAAAACGAGAA